CUCUGAACUAUUUGCCGAGUGCUACAUUCCUGCCUUGUCCCUGUGGGUGCCAGUCACUAUCUGGCCGUUGGUGUUGCAAGCUAUUUGCGCUUCGGCCUGCGACCGCCGCCGUCCGUGGCGAGACUUUUAAACUUUCUCUUCCUAGAAAGGAAGUCAAACUUCAGGAAAGUUGCCUGAAAAGUUGGAGGCCGGCUUCCGCGUUGCGUGGCUGUUUGCGGGCGAUGGGAUGGUGGGAGUAGAGAGGCGCCCGGUGAUCGAGAGGGGAGCGGUGGGGCGGCUGCCCCGCUGUGUGUGCAGGGGAAUCCGGGCACUGUUAGGGUUUUGCACCAUUAGCACAGGGCAGUGAGUUUAGCAGGGUAAGAGUGGACCCCCCCCCCCCAUUGAAGGUUAGAGUGCACCCCCCCCCCCCAACUGAAGCAUGGAUAAGUACGAGGAUUUGGGGCUGGAGGCCAGCAAGUUUAUUGAGGACUUGAAUAUGUAUGAGGCAUCCAAGGAUGGGCUCUUCAGGGUGAACAAGGAGGCUUGCAAGCCCGAGUUCGAGGAGACCCGGCGGGUAUUCGCCUCGAAGAUGAACAGGAUUCACCUGCAGAGGCAACAGGAGAUGUUACUCAUGGGAAAUCCACAGGGGGCUGCUGCCAGAGUCAAUGGCGGCUUUGGCCCAAUGGCCAAUGAUCCCGAGAGCGUGCCCUCUGCUGAUAGAGCCCGGCCUCAGAAUCGCCUCAGUGGGGAGCUUGGAGCCAAGCCUCCAGUGUCUGCCACACCAGUGUCCAACCUCCCCGGCCACCCGGGACAGCCUUUACCCAACCGAUACUCUCAAGACCUGACCCUCAGGCCCAGCCUUUGUCAUGAGAGUUCUACCACUGAACACUCAGGGCCUGAACCCCAUGGCCCUCCCUCGAGUGUCACUCCACCUGGUGCCCCAAAUUAUUCCCAGUCGAGCCCCAGGUCAGGCUGUCACCAGGAUGGUGACUCGAGGUCCAGCCUGGUCAGUCCUCGAUCCAGUCUCCUGGAGACCCAUCAGCUCUCCUCCAGUCCAAAAGAGGUAAUCCAAUUUCAGGUCAGCCCUCACUCUGCCCCAGGUGCCGGUGAAUCCGGCAAGCACCGAGCCCUACCCCAGCAUAGUCAACGCAGCCCAUCCGUUUCGGCGAACCCUGGCCCGGACUGGUCCGAAAUCAACCAUCGCGCCCCCGAGAUUGAUGCCCGGCCGUCUUGGGCUGGUCCCAGACCUGCCAGUGUACCCAGCAGUCUGGCCAUGGGCCUGCCGGAUGCUUUUGCCCAGGCCCACCCUGGGGCUGUUUCCUGUCCUAGCUCCCUGGCCCCAGUGCAAACCCACCUGUCCACCUCAACCCUGAACCAUGAUCCAGAUUACAGCACCCAAGACUCUGCCUCUAAGGUACGCCUGCCCUGUCAGCCUCUCCUCAUGCAGCAGGACCCAGGACCGUCAACAGCCGAAUUAAAACUAGAAGCUCUCACUGAGCGUCUGGAGCAAGAAUUGGAUGCACACCCCAAGGCAGAGUAUUUUGGGACUUGUGUGAAGUGUAACAAAGCAGUGUACGGAGCACACCAGGCAUGCCAGGCCAUGGGGCACCUAUACCAUGACACCUGUUUCACCUGCAGUGCCUGCAGUAGAAGAUUGCGAGGCAAAGCUUUCUACUUUGUCAACGGCAGGGUAUAUUGUGAGGAGGAUUUUCUGUACUCUGGUUUCCAACAGUCUGCCGACAAGUGUUUUGCUUGUGGCCACCUGAUAAUGGACAUGAUCCUUCAGGCCUUGGGCAAGUCUUAUCACCCUGGUUGUUUUCGCUGUGUCAUCUGCAAUGAGUGCCUAGAUGGGGUGCCAUUCACUGUAGAUACAGAGAACAAGAUCUACUGCAUCAAAGAUUACCAUAAAGUAUUGGCUCCGAAGUGUGCAGCAUGUGGCCAGGCUAUUCUUCCUGCAGAGGGAUCUGAUGAAACAAUUCGUGUUGUGUCCAUGGAUAAGGAUUAUCAUGUGGAAUGCUAUCGAUGUGAGGACUGUGGCAUGGAGCUGAAUGAUGAGGAGGAUCACCGUUGUUAUCCAUUGAAUGGACAUUUACUAUGUCACACCUGCCACCUAAAACAUAUUGACAGUGAGACACCUGGCUCUAUCUACCAGCCUAAGUACUAAUGUGUGGCUUGCUGCAAGACCAUUUGUGUUGGUUCAACACUGCAGCACUUCAUCAGUGCUGAGAGAACGAAGGCAGUCCAAGCAAACUUUAUGCUUGACUUCCUGUGGGCUUCAGAGACAUGGGACAUAUCUGCCUGUGGAUACAUAAUCCUUUUGAGUGAUCAGGAAAGGGUUAUCCAUUAUGGAACGCCGUUUUACUUGUAAUAUUGCAGGCAAACAUUUGUUGCAUCAGAUUUUAAUUCAAUUAAAUUCACAAGGAAUAUUGCAAAAGGUUAUUGAUUUUAGUGAUUCCACACAUUAAAUUUGUUGUACUGCUUAUUUCCCAAGAGAAUCUGUGAAGAAUGAUCAGGUGCAAGAUUGUAAUAAAGUAAUUACAGUAGAACAUU